UAGUCAACAAGGUGACGUCAACGUCUGGAAUUUCUCGAAGUGACAAAAAUAACAAGUUCCUUUCAACUUUUAUGUCAAAAAAGUCAACGAAAUUUCGUGCAGAAUAUUUUGUAUUCUAAGCAUUUGCUAGUGGGAAAUCAACGACACAUUUGAAAUCAUCUUCAAUUAAUUCGUUGUUUGCUCAGACUGAAAUAAGACAAAGAAUAAUAAUGCAGUUGUCUCGUUACGAGUGGAAAAUGAAAUGUUUCGCAGUCUCGUUGCAUUAAGUGCUUUCUCUCUCUCUCUCUCUCUCUCUCUCUCGCUCUCUUUGUUCUUGUGCCAACAUCUAAAGUUUUCGCAUGCAAUGCAAUAGUUUGCGUCGACAAUAUUUUCUCGUUUUGUGUCAAAUUACAUAUUCGAUGAUGUCUUUUAAAAUUAGUUUUUAUGUUGAAAAAUAAAAACGAUAAUAAAUUUUGCUGUGAGCAAGCAUCAAAAAUGCCAAAUAUUUGGCAAGCAAAUGUGAAUCUAAAAACGAGCAACAGCUGCACUGGUAUGUUGAUAAAGCGCCAGCCACCACGGUGCGUAUGAUUGAACAAGAGUCUGACAAUCUUAAAACAUCAGAAAAUGGCUCUCGGAAUACGGAAUUUACUGCCACCAUCAAUUUAUUACAAGGUUUUAAUUUUUAAUGCAAUAAAAUAUCUCUCCAUUUUCUCUCCUCGGCUCGGUCGUCGGUGCCGGUUGUGUCGUCAAGCAAAUUGUGUAUGCCCUGAACAACAACCGUUUUCACGUCAGUUUUGAUAAAUUUUGCUGAUAUUUUCAUGUUUCACCGUAACUCAAAUGACUCGACUUGUACUCACGUAUCAAAUGACAACGCUCAUUUUUUACCACCAAAUCGAUGUUUUGUGUACCACCACCGUACAACAUAGUUCUUUGCUCGCUCCUUCGUUCGCACGUUUACCACCAUUUGUAAAUGUCAGAAAUAAUUUCGAAACAAAAAACAGCGAUGUCGAAAAAGCGGAAAUACCCGCAACAUUCGGUUUUAUCGAAUGCCAUUAAACAAAUAGCUUGUAAUACAAGCACAGGUAAUCGGCCGUUCGAAUAUUCUAAUGUCACAAUAUUUCCAAACUCAAUUUUCGUCAAUCCAUAAAUAUUGUAUUUCAUGAGUUUUAAAUGUCGCAUCAAAACCCUUUCGAGCUGAAUUCGACGCCAAAACAAUCGAACACUUGUAAUCUAUCAUCGCUCCCAGCACAAAUGCCAUUUCAUCGCAUUAAUUAAACUUGAUUUAAUUUAUGCAUCAAAACAUCAGGCAACUCAAAAUACCCGAUUCUGAGUGGAUUGGAAAAGUUCUACUCUAGCAUAUAGCUGUUAUGUUUAAUUUUCAGCGACACAAGGGUUGAAUUGGCUUCAAUGAAAAUUGCGUAGUAAGCGAAACGAUAUCAAUAAAAAACAUCAAUCGAAUGUUGAUUCAAACAUCUUUUGAUUUGGAUGUCUUUCGACAACAAAUUCUCUAGGCACGUGAAAAGUCACCCUUCGUAAAAAGUCAUCCCAUAAGCAACAGCUCGUUAGUACUUCCUCGAUGGCACCGAGAUAUUGAGACAUUGCAUGCGAUAGUAAAAUAUGAUUUACUAUUUCGAAAUCAAAUGAAGUGCUGCAUUGAACGGCGCGCGUUCACUGCACAAAGUGCGAGUGACGAAGGGGAAGGGAAAUUAGUUGAAUAGAUGGUCCAAUCUACACUUGCGUUGCAUGCGAGCUGCCGAUGGGUGCGAUUUCUGUGUACGGGUUCUUUUUUUUUACACGAGUGCAUGUGUGGCGCGUGGUGUUGACUUGAGCAUUGUUUGUAUCUCAUUACGAUUUUUAUCCGUGGUAAUUUGUCAAAAGAGCAUGAACAUUAUAAUCGACAAACAGGUUCGUAGCGGCGCCUUGAACCACAGCAAAUAUUACGCAAUUGCAUUUUCUCAUGUGUGCUCGCUUUGCGCAGUGGUGAAAGAGAGAAAAAAAAAAUAUUAGGCGGAGUUGCAUUCUUGCAUAACUCAUGAUAAUAAAUUAAAUGACUUUCGUUCAUUUUUUUAGGGAUUCUCCCUUUGUUCGUUGCACACUAACGCACAUGUUCAUCGCUUUUUGAAUACACGGAAAAAUGUGUACUCGCUCUAAUCUCAUUAUACGCUUUGUAUUUGUACUACGGUUCGAAAUAGCAAUUUAAAUAGGCAAAAGCCGUUGUUAUUGCCCAUUUCUUUGUUGUGUGGUACUCUCGCUGACUUACUGAACUCAUAAAGCAGGACAACAAAUGAAAGUCGAUUUACAAUGAGCAUUACGGCAACCGAACUAAUCUAUCGACGCCAUUCAUGCAUCACGUAAGUGAUGCUGCAGUCGGGUCGUGUGUGUGCGUGCUGUGCUGUGCACACACACACACACCAACGUCAAUGAACCUUUGCAUUCUGUUCAUUAAUUCGUAACGAAUUUUUCCGAGACAAAAAGGAAUUCGGCGAAUAAAAAAUGAUUGUUCUGGCCGGAUGCAGUGUCGAGGCUAUUAGAAAGGAAUUCCAUUUUCUUAUCAGCAAUUUGGCGUCGGAGCACAGCAAAUUUGAACAACUUCCCACACUCACUAACCAUCAUAAACAUUUUUAUUACUUUGGUCUCAAUAACAAUGAAACUUCAUUUUUUUUUUCGGCCAGCGUAUCUACAAAUUUUCACCACAUUCCUGACUUGUUUCAGGAUCUCAAAUUCGUUCCGCAUGUAAAAAGUUGGUUUUUUGCCAAAAAUCCGACCACACUGAUUCAAACCGAGUUGUGCUCAAUCACCCUGGAAGCAAAACAGAAACUUUGGAUUUUAUUGAACCGAAUAAUUACUUGUAAUUGCUUAAUAGCUUCAUUAGCAUUCGUCGAUUGGCCAGUAAUACAAUCCGAAUUAGAAAUCUGUGUGGAUAGAAUUUUCGCAUUGUUUGUACUUUAAUUACAUUUGGUUAGGGCUUCGAUUCUUAGGCAUACGGUGGAAGGGCCAAAGUAGAGUUGUUAUUAAGUUCAACGAAAAAUAAAAUGUAUGUCUUGUGUGCAACGGCUUUGAACGUGUGUGACACAUAAAAUUCUUCACAGUUCGUGGUAAAUCGAUUUCGAAUACACCUAUUUCGUGACAUGGCAUGCCGUUUCACCGUUCGGUUCAAUAAAUAACAAUCGACUUCGAUUUCAUUUGAACAAUGGCAACGUAGUUCAGCCAUUCGAAAGUACGGUGAAAAAAUAAACUGAGUGAGCAUACAUGCACAGAGAUAACAACGAGAAAAAAAAAUCGACAAUAUCGACCGAAUGGAAUUAACGGCAAAAAAGGCGAAACAUAUAAAUCGUAGAACUCCCAAAUGCCACACUAUAUGGCUCUAUCUUAUCUGCAGCAGGCAAACUUUCGUAUCGCAUUCAGGAAGCCAGACAAUGUACAGAUACAGUAGCGUGUAUACGUGUGUGCACCACCGUAGACAAGACACAUUCAAAUCCGAAUUGAAUAGCGCGACCGACGAUGACUCACCCACCACUGUGUGAAUGUGUAUAAUUGUAUGCACGUUUAUAUCCAUCUCUCGAUGUUUGUAUGAGUGUAUGUUCGUAUGGGCUAGAAGCAGUGGCUAGAAUCGGUGAAGUUGCAGUGUAUCACAUCAACAACAAACCACUUGGUUGUCUCUAGCUUCGUGCCAAUAGACCAGAAAUAUAGUCAACAGUGAACCAUGUAAAUAUUUACCGCGCAAAGCCAAUGCCUAUUUUUCGAUGAAAAAGUCGCAAAAUCCGAUUAUUUGCAUCUCAUUCAUUCAUACAAUUUUUUUCCGUUGUCAUUGUUAUGCAGUGAACACUUGAUCUAACGCUUAUGCAAUGCGUGCAAUUUCGUCUACUAUAUUUCCCUUCUCUCUCUCUCUCUCUCUCUUACACACUCUCAACGCUUCUCUGGUCUUGCAUUCUCUCGCCCCCUGAUUACGCAUUCUCAUUUAAUUUUUCAUUUGUAUUUAUAAAUUUACAUGCCAUUCGUCUCUUGUACAAACAUCACGAACAAUAACAGGCACCGACGCAUGUAUUAAAAAUACCGCUAUACGCGCGUGGAAUGCAUUGUGUGCUACAAUAUUUAUCGGUACAGCGUUUUUCAUGUGGCUCGCUCGCCGCCUUUGCAACAUGACAUGCCUGCAUCAUGUAGCGCGAAGCGACGUAUGUGCUCGAUUCAUUCGUACGAAUGUACACAAUGUUCAGUGAAAGUACUAUUUGUGCGGCUCUUGAGUCUUUGGCUCUCGCUCAGCAAACGCAAACAGAAAAAACCAAAACAUAACACAACCGAACAUGUGACACGCAAAUUCAUUCUUAGAUUCACUACGCUAGCGUUGUUGCAACAUGUUUCAUAGUGUGUGCGCCGCAACAAGCAACACUUAACAACACGGAGAAUCACACAAGCACGUUCGUCUCCGUCUCCGUCUCGUACUACCAAGCACGCCGUCGAUACAUUUCGCUCUCAGUUAUAGUUCAACGCUCGCUGAGUUUAGACGUGAAAUCAGUGUUGUCUGCACGCUCUCACGACAGACGACAUCCCAUCGAAGAACAUUUUAAGAUUUUACUCUCAUAUUUUCGAACGAUUUAGCAAACAACAAAAAUCGACGGUGACAAAUCCUAAAACCAGAGUAAAAAAAAAACAAUGUGAACGAAAGAGAGAAAGAGCGAGAGAAAAAAAACACCGCCCGACGACUUUUUCCGGUUUGCCAAUCCACAAAGUAUUAUAAGAAAGAAGUUUUUCGAAAAUUCAGUGUUAGUUUUUCGUGAAUGAGUGCGUGUGUGUGUGUGUGUGCGACGAUGGAAGAUAAAACCGCCGAGUUUUCCACUGUCUGCGAAUUGAAUUGAAAACAAUAAAUUGCCAAAUAAAGACGACCAAAAGCAAUUAUUUGUAUGUGUGCGCCGUUUUUGGCUUCACCGAUACUGCAACCAAGUGCUUAAGUUAAACUAUCUGUUUGUGUCGCAGAAGUUUUCGGGUGACUGUUUUUUCUUUCUUCUUGGCUGUUCGUUCACACAGCAGCCGCAGGACAAUUUGUUUUAAAUCCAUGUAAAUUUUGCGGAUUCCAUCAAAAUCCGUGCGACGAACAUUACGAUUGAUUGAUUUCAGACAAGGAUUCAUUUGUAUCAGGCAAAGUUCUUUUUUGAACUUUUCCAUGUCGCUUCAAUUGAAUCGAAUUGCAUGCAAUCAAUCAACGAAUUGGUUUAAGUGAUUUUUUUUCCCCAAGGCAGUCGCUCGCACGCAAAGCAGUGAGUGAAAUAGCGCGACCCUUGGAUUAAAGCCAACUUUUCCAAUGUUGUCAAUGGCAUCCGAUCUCCAAAGACAAAGAUAGCGCAAUAAUUAGAUUUAAAAUCAAAAGCAAAGUCUCAGAACGCGAAACGCAUUGAAUUUAAAUUUGCUGCUACUUUUCCCUUCAUUUGCGUACUCGUUUUCAAUAUGUAUCCAAUUUAGAAGUUUUUGUGUUUUCGAUGAAAAAAAAAAUGUGAACGAAAAAGAAACAAACUGAAAGAUACGAAGAAGAAAAACGAAACAAUUUCAAAUUGAUAGAAAGAAAGAAAAUUGAGAAUAGAAUUAAAUUUAGAAUGUGUGUUGAAUGUGAUGAAAAAAUGAAUCUGAAAGUGUGAAGCGACGAGCGAUUCGGUCAAUCGCCACGAGCGAAACGAUGCACAAUAUGGAAUGUGUGCUGCUCAAUAUUCGGAAAUGAUUAAGUAGCUGCUCAACAACAACAAACGAACCUGAAUAAAACAAAAAAAUAUACGAAUAUCGUGAAUGUGAUACAAGUUGUGGACAUCUGACAUCGAAAUUCAAAUAUGCGAGGCAUAACAAUGAAUUGAUACGCUACACAUCGAACGUUGAGCCGCACACUCUUGAUGCCAACGACAACUUGUGAAAAUGAAAAAUUUAAACCAACGAAAAAGAAAAGAAUUUAUAGACAGUCGUCGAAUAAAUGAAACACGCGACCAUCGAACGCGCACACACCAAUGCUUAUUUUAACGCGGAGAAACAAUGUCGAAAUCAUUUUCCGUGUGUGUUUUAUUUUGGCUGUGCGCGACUUUUUUCGAACAUCAAACAGAUUUAUUGAUACAGUUUACGCGUACGGCGUACGCGGUGUCUCUUUUCAUCUCAUUUUGUGUGAGAUGCGAGCAAAACGCGGCCACCACUCGCUGUGCUACUAAUUUAAAUUAAUUUUUAUUAUACUCGACAUCAAUAAGCCCCGGUGAUUGUUGCUUGGCACACAAAUAUUAUGAUCGGUCGAAAAAAAGCCAGCCAGCCAGCCAGACAGCCAACGCACGCUGUAAAGAGUGUGGAAAAUUAAUUUUAGCAAAUGAAAGACAUGCGAAAAAUUCGUCAUUGAUUGAAAAGCGCGAUAUUUCAACGCAGAAAAACUCGAUGCAAAGAAGAAAAAAGAUGCAAUGAAAGCAAAUCGAAAAUAAAUUGAAAGCAAUGCGAAAUUGGCGUCAAGCCAACGUGCACUUUGUAUAAUGCACUAAUUUCACUGUUGGAACUGAACGUCUUAUCAUUUAUCUUGCAUUUGGUAGGUUCUUUCUCUUCACAAUUUCAAGUGAUUCAUUGGCCAGUUUAAAGGAAUUCUCACUCGAUAGAUAAAUUAGUCGAUUAGAUUGAAUGCUCGAUGGAAAACUAUUUUCGAGCUGUGUAAGUUUGAGAAAUUAAUUCAACCAAAAGACGGAACAGAUUGAGAGAAGAAGUGUUUGAAUGCUGGGCUGUACAAAUGGAUACGGUGCCGAUGAAUAGUGACAGGCAAGAAUCGAUUAGUUGCUGCCGUGGAAAUUGAAUUGAAUGCUGAAUUUUGCAGCAUCAGCAGAUUCAUUGAAAGUCAGGCCGUCGUUCGUUGUGCACUUAAUUAGACGUCUUGUAUUCGAUUUAAUCGCUCAAAAUCACCAUCACCGCCCCCCUAUUUCUGGUGUAUCGGGCUCUGAGCAUUGUCAUUGUGUGCCACCCUCCACUCACAAUGGCAACCAUGAUCAAAAGUAAUCAUGGUAUUGUUUGGUUACGGUUCUUGUCGAUUUCUUCAUACGUUCGUCAUCAAAAUUUGUAUACGUGUUUGAACUACGAUUUGCAACGGGUGCGCGCCUAGCGCGCAUUCAUUCUUCAUUGUUAAAAUUGGGGUGUUAUGCUUCAGUGCGUUUUCUCUUGAUGCACAACAUUUCAUGUGAUCCACUGAAAAGAUCUUAGGCAGCUGAGUCUGAAACGACGAGUGUCAAUUAUCGAUUGAACACGACGCUAUUCAUUGAUGCACAAUUCGCCUUGAAUGAAAUGCUUUUUCGGCGCGACGAUGACGCAACCAAAAUACCCAUAUUACCCAAAAAAAUUUAUGUCUACACCAAAAAGUGGAAAUUGGGCUUAACACACUUUGGCAAUUUACGCUCCAGUCCGUUAUAUUCGAAGAUGCAUGAAAAUUAUGCAAUAAAUAACUGCUUGAUAUAGCAUAUUGGCCAUUGCAUUGCAGUGCAACGCUUGUUGAGAAUUUCAACGAUGCUAGCCCAACCGAAUAGCAGUGCCUGCUCCGGCCCAUACACCAUUCACAAAUUAAAGUAAACGAUGCAGUCAUGAUACAAAAUGAACAUUUUAAAACAAAUGCGCCAAUGUGCAAUUAAAUUUAUCUACUGAAAAUGGAAUUUUCUAAAACAAAAUGCAGCCAGCGAAAGAGAGAGAGGGAGAAAGAGAAAAGAAACAGCAGGCUAUGUUUUGUGUAGCAAAUAUUUUGCUUUUUUUGUAUGAACGCAAGAAAUACAAAACUAUGCAUUCAUUGGUACAAGGUAUAGCUAUAUACACGACGUGGAUUACGAGUAUUUAUGUUGGAUUUUGACUUUCGCCGCUUGCAUAUCAGCACGCAGCGUAACCAAAUAUCCCCAACAUUCAAAGCCAAUGAAAAGAAAGUGUACAAUGGACAACCGUAUGAUGUGUGUGUGUAAUUAAAUCGGAUCGAUUCGACGAAUUCCAGUUUAUUUCUUUGCAUUCUGUAUUCUUUGUGGUUCUGAUUCAGCAUGCGUGGCAAGGAGAUUCAAAUGCUUAAGCUACAAAAUGUCUCUCGCUCUUGCUUUCUGUGCUAAUGCAAAUGUAAAUACCAACAGCUAUCAUUUUCCAUGAAUUAAACGGUUCGAAUAACCGAAACUGAUUACUAUUGUUGCGCUUGUUUGCAGCACAAGACAUUGUAUUGAUGCUGUUGCUUUUGCUGGUCUUUGUCAUGUUUUUGUAUUGUAUUUUACUUUACGACAUAUUUUCAUAUGGUAUUUUGUUACAUUCAUUUUCUUUGAACGGGUUCAACAACAAGGGACUGGCCAGAAAAUCCUUUUGUAUGCGACCAGAAUAGGAGCACCUUUUCUAUGCUCGAUCUCUGUUCGGUUGGGAAAUUCGGUCGUUCAAAAUCCUAUGACAAAAUGCGUUGUAAAUAAAGUGUACAACAAAAUGGAUCGAUGUGAAAUUACUAUUGAGCGGAAUGGAAUGGACUUGCCAUUGACUCAAAAUUCUUUUGCAAAUUCCCAUUUCUCUGGCACAGAGAAGCAUUUUUGUGUUUAACUCAAUGCAUACAAUCCAAAGCAUGAACGCUAAAAUAUGCGAUAAGUGUGUGUGUGCAAACCGCCAACCCCUCAGGGAAAAUUAGUAAAUUUUAAUGAGAUUUUGAAAUUGGAAUUGGUGCCGAUUUCUUUUGUAUUUUUCGUUCAUUCCCACACUUGCCAUAGAAAUCAAUAUUCGCUUCUUUCAUCAGUAGACUUAACUACUCAUGUUCAAAAACCAAUAGAAAACGCUCGGGGAAAUACAACUCGAAAUUACGUGUCGAACAAUAAACUAGGCUCACUUUGAAUUAAUUCAAAACAUGAGUAUGAAUUCCCCUUCGCACUUGUUCUCGUCGGCUCGUUUUGCUUUCAUUCGUUGUUUUUUUCUUCUUUUCAUCGAUUGCGUUUAUCGACAUGAAAUAUGCUGACAUAGUGGGAAAGUAGCAAGUAGAAAAAACGGCGAUUAUUUACCUAAAACAUGUCAUUUCCAGAGAAGCUAUUAUCCAACCGAGGAAAAAAAAUCAAUUUCGUCUCGAAAAAAAAAGAGUGAAAAACAUGGAACUGUAAUUGAAAGCCAAAUAAAGUUACAUCUCGUUGGAGUGAGAGAGAGAGAGAAAGAGAGAAAAAAGGGUGGAAAAAACGUUAUCAUAGUCAUUUUCAACCCUUCACAUUUCAUGAAGUGGUUUUAGGUUAUUGACAUCCCAACCGCAACGCAAUAAAUACGAGUUUUAUUUGACGGUGUCGGUCACUGAGGGAAACAGAAAGGAAGAGACUUUUUCGAUAUAUAACAAGAGAAAUAAAAGUCGGUGUUGUUAUCAUGCUCCCACCGAUAGGUUCACCAACGUCACCACAAGAUGUUCAAAUGACUGAUUUGAAUAUUUUGACAGUGGCACCGGAUUCGAUGUCAUCACAGCAAAAAUUGACAUCGCCUGUUGACAAUCGGCCAUUAAAUAACCAUUCGCCGCUAUCGUUAUCAUCAGUCAAGUCAACGAACACGCUGCGCAACAACAUCGACAUGAAAAAUGAGCUCAACAAAAAGCGAACAUCGCUAAAUUUGCACGAAAACGGAAAUGGUGAAAUGUUUAAUGGUUGCGACACAUCGUCGACAUCAUCGGCGUCAUCGUCUUCAUCAAUGGGUCAACAGCCACUGAAAUUAGCGACCGUUAAACGUUGUUCACGUAAUUUAGAUAACAUUCGCUAUCGAAUCGAAUUGCAGAACAAUCAUUCGAACAACGAUAAUGUCAAUAAUAAUAAUAACAUGAACGAUUCGCGACGAUUCAAUCAGAGCAGUUCGGAUAGUGAUGCAACCGAAAACCAGCAAAUCGAUACGGUUGCUGUAAUCGUAAAUGAGAACGGUGGCAAAAUGCGACGCACCAGACGACGAGCUACAGAAAAAUCACAAAAUGACAAUGCAAAAAACAAUGAAUCGGAUGACGAUGAUAACAACGAGUUAAACGAUCGACAAAAUGGCAAUGCCAGCGACCGAAGCACACAGAAACGUGAUUCGAUCACCAGCAAGGAAUCCGGUAGUGUUGGCAGCGAUGACUAUUUUUUGUGCGAAAAAUUUAAAAACACAUUAAAUGCAAAACUAUGCGAUGCUGUUGUCAAUGGCGCCGUCGUAUUGGCGGAGGACGGAGCUGCCAACCGACGUUUAUCAUUAGAAUUGCUGAGUCCGCACGAAGGCCCGAUGGGUCGACGCUACGCCGAAAUUGCACCGAGCAAAAACAAUGCAAACAAUAAAUGGACUGAUGCGCCACAUUUUUUGCGACCGCAUCGCAUGCCACUUGGAUCCGUUGAUUCGGAAGAUGGAAAUGGGCUGGUUGACGAUGAGCUACACACGUUGUUGCCGGGCACACGGGAAGUGUCAGCCGAUGACUUGAGUCAGUCACGUGCAUCGCUGGUGUCAAGUUCAGAUGGCGGCAUUUUAGCUGAGGGUGAAACAUCGUCGAGUGAAGCCUCUGGAGAUUCAACAAGUCCACCAUGUGAUUUAGGUCUAUACGAACGUUUGCUAUUAACGCAUCAGGUAUGGUUUUUGCCGGGCAUCCAACGGGCUGGCGCUGUUCACUUGCUGCAAGGCAAAGAAGAAGGGAAUUUUGUUGUUCGUGGUUCAAGUCAAGCGAAUACAAUGGCCGUUUCGGUACGUUUGCCACCAGACACCGGUCCCUAUAUUGAGCAUUAUCUGAUUCUGUCAGAAAAUGGCGUAUUGAGUUUGGAGAGUUCACGUUUUGAAUUCAAUUCAAUACCGGCUUUGAUUGAUCACUAUGCAAAAUGCUGUGAUGAAUUGCCGGUGCAGUUAACGUUGCCACGCACGUUACGCGAAGCACCAAAUCGACAACAGCUCUCUUCGCUUGCGUUGCUUGGUCAGGAAUUUUGGCGUUAUCCAAUGGCAAAUCCACGACCUUCGGCAAACACAAGCCCAACACCCGUUUCGACGGCGUCAAAGACCGAAUCGAGCGGACUGGGCACAACGAUGUUCAGUGCAAAUCAGCAUAAAAUCGUGACAAACAGUCAGCAUACGGUGGUGAGUGGCAAUGUAUUUAGCCCAAGCACACCAUCCGACACAGCAUCUAGUCUAAGUAGUUUUACCAGUACUGGCCAGCAGAUUUUAAGCCCCGAAUCGAUGGACAGUGUUAUGUUGACCAUGUCACCAGUUGAUAGCUGCCAAACUGGUAUUAUCGGCAAAACCAGUACAUUCAAAACACAAAAUCGCAAGUCAUUGGAUUUGGAAAAACUUACAACAUUUUCAAAUCGUUCAUCGCCACCAAAUGCCGGGCUCGAUUCGAAUAUUAAUAACAAUGCAUUCAAUGAGCAUAAUAACGGAAAUAUUCGAGGUGUACGACCAACACCGCCGAGCACAUUGAAUGUAAUUCCACUACGAAUACCACCAGCCCCACCACCAAGAUGGACGAAACCAUCAUCACAAAGUCCAACCGAUUCAAUAACACCCACUGCCACCGAACACUUUUCAUCCACCAACUUCACCAUGACCACAACAAUGGUGACGGAAAUCUCAAGCAAUGUUCAAAAACAAUGCUCACCAUUCGUCGAGAUUUUAUCACCAAAUGCAAACACAGCGUUCCAAACGAUUUCGAAGCGUAUGUCACCUGAAGGUGAGUGCAAAACGUCGGCCGAUACAUUAUCAUCACAGGGUUCGAAGCGUUGGCAAAGCCAAUCAAGCAAAGACUCCAGUCAAAAUAAUCGAAAAGUUGUGUCACCAACGUCACAAGUGGCCAGCAAUCGAACGAAACGAAGCCGUGCCCGCAAAGAAUCAAAGCAUUAUCAAGAGUCAGAUAUUUUGGAGUCACCUCAAGUGUAUUGUCGCAGCGCACUCGGCGAUAAAAUCAGUGACUAUGAAGAUUUAUGGAGUCAAGAGAAUGGUGGCAGCAACUCAAGUUUUGGCAAAGGACCGGCUCUAUCCAGUUUUCGCUCUGAACAUCGACCCGAUCUUUUGCCAGAAACUCCAACUGUGACAUCGCUAUCCGAUAAUAUCUUGUCGCCAAUUGGUUCAAUUUCAUCAUCUGCUAGUCAACAGAAUGCGCAAAAAUUGCGAACGCCCAGCGAGCAUAGCUCAUCACCCGGAUUCGAUGAUGAAAAUGGAGUUGUACUACGACAAAAUGCCAAAAAUCAAAUGGAGCAAAAUAAUAACGAAUGCCAGAAAUUGAAUGAUUUGCUGAGCCCAUCGAUGGAAAUAAAUCGUUUGCAAAUUGCAGCUGAUUUUGCUCAGGAGUCAAUGUUGCAACAGCCACGAAAUCGAUUGGGACUGUUGUUGACGCCAACCACAGAGAUUCCACCACCAAUGAACGAUUCAACACCCGUUCAAACACCAUCUCAAACACAGUGCAAACGUGACAGCCCAUUUUAUGCUGAACCAGCCGACGCUCUUGCUCAAUCCGGAAACGUUGUGCGGCGAUCACAACGUGUGAACGGACCACCAAAAUCUCAACGCCAUUCGGAACCACCGAAGGCGCAAUCACGAAAUACACAGUUCUGCCAAGUACUAUCCCCAAUUGAUUCCGAGAAGAGUCAUCACAUAUCCGGUUCUCUGGAUGAAUUAAAGAAAAAACCACGGGGCAAACCGAUACGAAGUGGUCGACUGGAUCCAUGGCCAGUGGAUAGCAGCUGGGAGUUUAUGGGAAAUGAUGAUCAAAAUGAUUAUGACACAGACGCAAACUGGAAACUCCAAGCUAACAUUUCACAAAAUGGUGAACACCCGAAGAAAUCUCCAAAUUUAAAUUCAUCCCAUCAUAAUGUACGACAUGAAAGUCGUUUGACAAUCAAUCAAAUUAUCGCACAGAAAUUGCCUGAUUUGAAAAUUUCCGAAUUAUUGCAAAAGACUACGAUACCAGCUAACUCAUCGCCUGAACUGUCGAGAAAUGAUGCAACUAUGACAAGCUUUGGCAAAAGCAGCCGAUUAUCAGCCUAUGACAAUGUUGAACGUGCUGCACACUCCGGCUAUGGCACAUCAAUGAUGUGUCACGAUAGUCACUCAGACGAUGGCACUGUGUUCUCAGAACCAUGGGACAGUUCACAAUGGGACUCAUUCUUGCCACAUGAUGAUACCAUCUCUGAAUCGAUACACCUCUCGAAAUGUCGACCAGUAAUCUGCAAUUCCGAAGAUGAUACAAUCAUGGAGGAAUUCAGUCAACAUCAGAAAGAAAACUACGCACCGAGACAUCAUCAGCCACAAAAGAUUGCAACUAUUCUACGCUCUCGAAGUUGUCGUGACCGCGAAGUGUUGAGUCACCCACGAAAUAAAACAACAACAAACGGCCCAGGCGAUUCAAUUGCAGCAUAUGCACUGACUUUGGCACAAGAUUCGUCGUCAACAUUUGCUCGCAAUAUCGAGAAUUUCAUCUCAUGCACAAAGGAAUCGCGAGAAUUAUCACCCCAAAUUAUUAUGCGAAAUAUGCGACAGUUCAUGAGCGGUAUGAAAAAUUACUUGGUCAAACAUGGUGAAGGAAAUUUUCAACAAGAAGUACUGCGAGCUAGAUCAAUGCUAAAAUCCGACGAAUUCCUCAAUUUGGACACUAUUUUGGAAGGAGUCAUGCAUCAAUUGGUUGUGUUACCUCUACGCGAACAUCUUUAUGGAUUGUUUGUCGACUAUUACACGGGCACCGGCGAUAUUCAACUGCUCGUCGAGAAUGUCAAAGCUUCUUUCGGUAAAUCACCUACCGAUUUUGGACUUCGGCCCUGCAUUAAAACCCCAUCACCGACUGCAAUGCAACGAAUCUCGCUGCUGAUCUUGCGCUUACAAGAAGCCGAAUUGCCGCUGGCCAAAUUGGACAUUCUACUAUCGAUCGUGACAUCGAUCAUUGAAGCCACGACAAAUACUCAAAGUCAUGCACUGGGUGCGGAUGACUUUUUACCGCUGCUCGUGUACAUUGUGGCCAAAUGCGGUUUUAUUGGUGCUGAAAUCGAAGCAGAAUUCAUGUGGUGUCUACUACAACCAUCAUUACUGAACGGAGAAGCUGGCUACUACUUGACUGCUCUCUGUAGUGCUGUACAUGUACUUAAAAGUUUUAUAACCAAUGAACAGGAUGGUACCGGUUCAUUAGAUUUUCGAUCAUCUUCGUUGCCCGCCUGCUCAUCUGUAUUGCGUGUGAUAAUACCCGAUGAAUACAAUGGCUCAUUGCAAACGCGCACGUUACCGAUUCGGCCGCACACAACAACGCGUGAAGUUUGCCGAAUUAUUGCCCACAAGGCACGCGUCACGAAUCCUCAAGAUUACGCUCUUUUCAAACUAGUCGAUGGAGAAGAAACCUUGCUUCUGGAUUCAGACUGUCCACAAGAGAUUCGUCUCACUGCCCGUGGUAAACCUUGUAUGCUUGCGUACAAGCGUAUCGAUGCGAAAAUUGCAUGGCCCACAACAUCGCAGGCAUUUCAAUAAACAAUCAACCGCAGAAUAGAGAAAGCCUUGAUGAAGACGCCGAAGAAGACGAACAAAAAAGAAAAAAAACCUUUCAUCUUUCAUUGCAAAUCCAUGGAGCAGCUUGACUCCAAAACGAAGAAAAAUUGCACAUCUAAAAAUAAUUUAUGUUCUAAAAUCUUCUCGAUCAACAACCUUCUGAUGUUGUUGAUGCCAGACGAAAGCACUAGACUACAAAAAAUAAACAAUUUUCUUUUUAUUUAUUUCGAUGAACCAAUGAGAGAGAGAGAGACACACACACACAGCACACAGUUGAAAUGUUGUAAUCCCAAAGCAAAUCGAUUUACCAUUUAAGGCAUAUACUUUCUAUGUUUUUUAAUUCGUAGUUUUGAGCAAGAGACGAGGCAACUUGAAUUCAGCGUAUUUACGGCAAUGCGCUCGAAAUUUGAUUAACAUUAGACAGAUUUUUUGUUUUUUUUUCGGGGACUAAAAACCAAAUUUAUUUCUUGCUUUUAUCCAAAAGACAAAUCCUAACAAUACUUGAUUUAUUAUUAUUUAUGAAGGGAAUUUUGUUUUCAUUUUCCAAGAACAUGAAUUAAAUAAAAAAAAAAAUUGAUAUUUAAAUUGAUUAAUCCGAACUCUUUUUUUUUCGUUGACUAAAUUAUUCCGAAUUCAUUGUAAAUUAAUUUACGUUAUAACCAAUUUUAAACAAUUUUAUCGGGAGAGUGAAAAUAAAUAUUUAAUGUAUGAAAAGAGGAGAACAAAGUCAAAAUGAAUUACACUGCCUUUAGUCUCGACAUUAUUCCGCAAUGUCCUGAAUUCACCAAUUUCUUGGCAAGAAAAUUCAAAUUUGCACAGACUUAAUAACUAAAACGAAAGAAGAAUUCUAUGAACCUUUUGACCAUCUAUUUUUUCUAAUCCAAAUAAACACAUCAAACCGACAAAUUAACCCAUUUUCAAUACCUUAUGUGUGUGACACCAUUAUAAUGAACCAGAACAAAGAAACCAUUCAAUAAAAUGAACCAACAGUAUUUUUAAAACCUA